UCACGCUGGCUUCGUUUGGGUUGGGCCAAACAAACAAAGCUGUCCCGAUCCGACGAGACGGGGACCAAUGGCUCCCACGCACGGCCCAGCAGAGCGCCGAGAUAUCGAUCCAAUGGCUGCCGAAUUCCGGCCCAGGAUUUCCAGAUUCCCUCCCUCCCUCACCCACCCACCCAAAAAAAACAAAAACAAUCCGCGCGUGAGCGCCAGCCAGGAGAGGCUCCGCGGCUCGCGCGCGCCAUCGCCUCCCCGCCACACUCUUCUCCUCCCUCCCUCCUCCUCCCACCCACACCGACCAAGCCAGAGCCUAUCCCUCUCCCCCCUCGUCGACGUGCUCCUCCCCGCCGACGACAGCUCAAUAGGAACGAUCAAGCCAACAACCCAGGAAUCCGGGAGCGUGGGUGCGGCCAGGAGGUGCUUCUUCCGCGUCCUACGCCUAUGCUGCGGGAUGGAGGAGGCUAGCUCCAGCAUGGAAGGGGCCAGCGGCAGCCACCCGGCGCCGGCGUCGGCCUCCGUCUCCCGCGCCAGCUCCGAGGACGCCGACUUCUUCGACACCCACCGCCAGGAGGACGACGACGACGGAGAGGGCGGCCCGGGGGCCUACACGGCCUCCGACAUCGCCGAGCGCUUCGUCCGCGUCAUCGACGGCAAGGUCCACGUCGACUCCGCCGCGCCCGUCGACCCCGUCCGCGGCGCCGUCUCCAAGUUCGGCGGCAUCCUCGACUGGCGAGAGCGGCGGCAGCAGGCCGAGGAGGAGCUCAUCGUGGUGCACGCGGAGGCCGCGGAGUACCAGCGCCGCACGCGGGAGGUGGACGCCGCCCGGGCGGAGGCGCAGCAGGACCUCAUGGGCGCCACCGGCGAGAUCGACGACCUCUGGCUCACCGUCAAGCGCGCGCAGAUCGCCGAGGCGCAGGCGCGCAAGGACUCGGAGCUCGCCAAGCUCCGCCUGCGCAAGCUCGAGAAGAGCGCCCGGGAGCGCGCGGCGGCGAAAGCCGAGCUCGACUCCGUCCGCGGCCGCCACGCCGCCGCGCUCGCCGACCUGCGCGCGGCCAGGGCCGAGAUGGACGCGCUCAGGAAGGAGCGGGACGCCGUCGCGGAGGAGGCCAGCGCCGCGGCGGCGAGGGUGCGGGACACUGCUGGCGAGACGGUGCACGCCGCCGAGGCCCUGAGGGAGGCCGCCGCGGAGUUCGAGGUGCUCAGGGCCGAGCUGGAGUCCGCGCGCGCCGCCCACGACGCGGCGGAGGAGAAGAGGAUGAGGCUGGCGCUGGCGUGGCGGGAGGACAAGGUGCGGUGGCAGAACCAGCUGGAGGAAGCUGAGAUGGAGGUGCGGAGGCUGAGGGAUGAGCUGGCCGCGGCCGGCGACCUCGAGUCCCAGGUGGCCGCGGCUUCCGAGCAUCUCGCGACCCUCAGAGCCGAGCUGUUCGCGCGCGCGGUCCAAGGGGCCAGCGAGGAGGAGGAUAAACAGACGUCGGCAGCGAGCAGCACGCCGGCGAUGGUGGGCAAGGCGAAGAAGGAGCUCGAGGAGGCGAUGGGGAGCGUCGAGAAGGCCAAGGACGAGACCAAGAUCCUGCACAUCGCCGCCGCGUCGCUGCGCGCAGACCUGGAGAAGGAGAAGGCGGAGCUCGCCGCGCUACGGCAGAAGCAGAGCACGUCGUCGUCCGCGUCCAUCCAGUCGCUGGAGGAGGAGCUGAGCUGGGUGACCUCCGAGCUCGCCGCGGCGCAGGCAAGAGCGAGGGACAGCGAAGAGGGGAAGAAGAAGACGACGCCCGAACAGCUUGACGAGGCACGGCGAGAGGCGGAGCGAGCCAAGGCGAGCGCUCGGGCGACGCAGGAGGAAGUCGCCGCGGCCAGGGAAGACGCGCGCGUGGCCAGGGCCGCGGUCCAGGCCACGGAGGCGCGGCUGGAGGCCGUGCUGCGGGAGGUACUCGCCGCGAAGGCGUCGGCGGAGGCCGCCGCGGCCUCGGCGGACGCGCUGCUGCAGCAGCAGCAGGACGCCACCCAGAGCGCGCAGAGCCAAGUCCCCGAAGACUGCGUGGCGUUGACCACGGAGGAGUACGAGGAGCUGAGCCGGAGGGCGCGGGGGACGGAGGAGGCGGCCGGCGAGCGGGUGGCGGAGGCGCUGAGGCAGGUGAAGGAGGCCAAGGACGCGGAGGCGCGGGGCCAGCAGAAGCUGGCGAAGCUGGGGAGGGACACGGAGCUGAGGAGGCAGACGCUACGGGCGGCGAGGGAGGAGUGCGAGCAGGCGGAGUCGGCGAAGCUGGCGGCGGAGCGGCAGCUGCAGGCGGAGCUGCGGCGGCGCGCGGGCGGCGAGACGGCGUCGCCGCCCCGCACGGGGCUGGCGGAGAUCUCGACGUUGGAGGGCGGCGACGCGCGCGGCGGGAACCCGCACAUCCUGAGCCCGAGGGCCGGGUACAUGCCGAGGGCGGACAUGGCGGCGAUGGCGGCGGCGGAGGAGGCCGGGCAGAAGAAGCCCUUCUUCCCGCGCAUGGUCAUGUUCCUGGCCAAGAAGAGAGCGCAGACAUGGAACGGCAAGUGAAUCGUCUUCUUGCUCGGCGUCGGAUCAGCUCCUCGCCGGCUGUGAUGGAAGAUAAUACUGAUACAUCAUCGGACAUGUGUAAUGUGUAUAUUGAUCAAUGAGGGGGAUCAUGACUCUUUUUGUAAAGUCUAACAAAAGAUGAUCAUGAGAUUUUUUU